AUGGGUGAGGAGGGAAAUACCAGCACCUUCAACAUCUCCUACACCAGCUUCUUCCUGGUGGGUUUCCCUGGAUUACGAGAAUGGCGGCCCCUCCUUGUGCUGCCUCUUACCAUCCUCUAUGUGACCAUCAUCUCUGCCAAUGCCCUGGUCAUCCACACAGUGGUGGCCCAGCGGAGCCUGCAUCAGCCCAUGUAUGUGCUCAUCGCCCUGCUCCUGGCCGUCAACAUUUGCGCUGCCACCGCCGUGAUGCCUAAGAUGACAGAAGGCUUUGUGCAUUAUGCUAACCCCAUUUCACUUCAUGGAUGCCUGGCCCAGAUGUUUUUCAUCUACUUCACCCUCCUUCUGGAUUAUAACCUUCUGUUGGCCAUGGCUCUGGACCGCUACAUAGCCAUCUGCCAUCCACUCCGCUAUACUGACCUGAUGACCUCCCGCCUUCUGGGCCUGCUGGCCAUUCUAGCCUUGACACGGAGCCUGCUAGUGGCAGUGCCCCUAGUGGUGCUAACCGCACGAGCUCGAUUCUGCCAGACAGCAGUGAUUGGGCACUUCACCUGUGAGUACAUUGCAUUGCUGAGCAUAGCUUGUGGAGACCUGACCUUCAACAACAGGUUAGGACUGGCUAUGCGGCUGGUCACUGUGACCUUGGAUCUGGUCCUGCUGGGGACCUCCUACACCCGCAUCAUCUACGAUGCCUUCCGCAUCUCUUCUGGAGGGGCCAGAGCCAAGGCAUUGCACACGUGUGGCUCCCACCUGCUGGUUAUUCUCACCAUCUACCUCUCCGGUCUUUCCACUUCAAUUGUCUUCCGAGUGGCUAAGACUGUGUCACAGGAUGUCCAGAAUCUGCUCAGUGCCAUAUAUUUGCUACUUCCAGGGGCCUUGAAUCCUGUCAUUUAUGGGGUGAGGACUAGGGAGAUCUGGCAACAUGUAGAAAAGAUGUUUUGCAGAAAGGAAUUGGUCCAGGAGGUUGGAGAAAAGCCAAAAAGUUUGCAGAAUGUGAGAGUAGAGCAGAAAUUGCCAGGGUGA